AGGCUGCUGAACAUUCAUCAAAAGUACAAUCCAUGGAGAGUGAACUGGCAAAGUCACAAGACGAUAUGGAGAAAAUGAGAAAACAACGUGCAACAGAGACUGCUGAUCAUUCAUCAAAAGUACAAUCAAUGGAGAGUGAACUGGCAAAGUCACAAGACGAUAUGGAGAAAAUGAGAAAAGAACAUGCGACAGAGACUGCUGAACAUUCAUCAAAAGUACAAUCCAUGGAGAAUGAACUGGCAAAGUCACAAGACGAUAUGGAAAAAAUGAGAAAACAACAUGCAACAGAGGCUGCUGAACAUUCAUCAAAAGUACAAUCCAUGGAGACUGAACUAGCAAAGUCACAAGA